UAGUGACGCUAAAAGCAGUAGCAGCAGUGGGAUCUUUCAGCUCCUUAGGAGUCCGUACAUUCUCUACAUAGUGCACACAGAAACGCAGAUGCACCUAUAGGUUUGUAGACAUGUUUGGUAAGUUGAAGGCCCUCCUCAGUGGCCCACCGCUGCCAGCAGCUUCGGGGACCACCGGAGCGGCCCCUGAACCAGCUCCAGCUCCAGCCCCAGCCCCAGCUCCAGCUCCAGCUCCAGCUCCAGCUCCAGCUCCAGCCAAGGAGGAGAAGCCAGCCGAUAAGGAGAAUGAGGCCAAGACAGCGGACAAACCGCAGGAAGCAACUCCAGCCCCUGCACCAGCUCCAGCUCCAGCUCCAGGUCCAGCCCCAGCACCAGCUCCAGCUCCAGCACCAGCACCAGCUCCAGCACCAGCAGCAGCAGCAGCAGCUCCAGUCCCUGCACCAGCUCCAGCUCCAGCUCUAGCUCCAGCCAACCCUGAUCAAGUUGGACCUGAUGGACAAGAGGAGGCCCCUCCUCCACCCAUCGUCAUCAACAAGUAUUCAGAUGAGCAGCUCAGAUCGAUCAUCAAACGGAUGAGAGACAGACUGCAGCACUACAAGGAGAAAGUUGCUGAUCAGUAUGCUUCAUCCCCGGAGAUCAGCCCUCCUGUCACACCUCUGCUGGGCAAAGAUGUGUACACAAAAGUCAUAGAGGACAGGAAAAGGCAGGCUGAAGAGGACCGGAUAAAGAAAGAGGAGGCUGAUAAGAAGAAGAAAGAGGAGCAGGAGCAGAAGAAAAAGGAGGCUGAGCAGAAGAAGAAAGAGGAGGAGGAGAAAAAGAAAGCAGAGGCUAAAGAUGAGAAAAAGGAGGAGAAGAGCAUGGAGACCAGGCUGAAAGAAGCCGCCUGGUAUGCGGUGGAUGUUGUGCUGAAGCCAAUUGAGGACCUGAUGGACGGCGUGCUGGGGAAGACCAUCGACCCUUUUACAGACCGUCGCUACAUCGCCUGGCUGAGCAUGGUGACUCUGGCCUUCAACUACAACACCUGGUUCAUCACGGCCCGCCUGUGUUUCCCGUACCACACCGAGAGCGCCAUCCCUUACUGGUUCGCCAUGGACAUGCUGGCCGACCUCAUCUACCUCACAGACUCCAUCCUCUUCCAGCCCCGCAAGCAGUUUGUCAAAGGAGGAGACAUCAUAAAAGACAGAGAGAUGACAAAGAAGAACUACAGAAACUCAGAGAGAUUCACGUUGGACAUUUUGUCCCUCCUGCCAUUCGACUUGCUGUACUUCCAGUUUGGAUUCAAAUCUAUUUUCAGAGCCAAUCGUCUGCUUAAGGCAGACACAUUUUUUGAGUUCAGCGAUCGUCUAGAGAGCCUCAUGGCCAAGGCUUACAUCUGGAGAGUGAUUCGGACCAUCGGCUAUCUUCUAUUCAUGCUCCACCUCAACGCGUGCUUCUACUACGUGGCUUCAGCCUACCAAGGCAUCGGGGGAACUAAAUGGGUGUACUCUGGUAUUGGCAGCCCGUACCUGCGUUGUUACUACUAUGCUGUCCGCAGUCUGAUCAACAUCGGGGGUCUUCCCGAACCCCAUACCGUCUUUGAGAUUACCUUUCAGAUGACUAACUUUUUCAUGGGCGUCUUUGUGUUCUCCAGUUUGAUUGGACAGAUGAGGGAUGUCAUCGGCGCAGCCACAGCAGGUAAGACCUACUUUCGUUCCUCCAUGGACAGCACCGUGGAAUACAUGGUGACCAACUGUAUCCCCCCUGCGGUGCAGAACCGAGUCCGUACCUGGUACACCUACACCUGGGACGCUCAGGGCAUGCUGGACGAGUCAGAGCUGCUGGAUAAGAUGCCUCUGGUGAUGAGAACCGCCAUCGCUGUGGACAUCAACCUGGCCACCUUUCAGAAGAUCGCACUGUUUCAGGGCUGUGACCAGCAGAUGUUGGUGGACAUGUUACUGAGGCUCAAGUCCAUCAUCUAUCUACCUGGAGACUUUGUCGUCAAGAAAGGCGACAUUGGUAAGGAGAUGUACAUCAUCAAAGGUGGAGCGGUGCAGGUGGUGGGAGGACCUGACAACAGCAUUGUGUUUGUCACACUGAAGGCUGGCUGUGUGUUUGGAGAAAUCAGUCUGUUGCAGUCAUCCAAAGAUGGAGGGAACAGGCGGACGGCUAAUGUCAAAGCCUACGGCUUUGCUAACCUCUUUGUCCUGGAGAAGAAAGACCUGUUUGACAUCCUGGUCCACUACCCAGAGUCUCAGAAAGUCUUGGCCAGGAAGGGCAAGAAACUAAUGAAGGCGAAGGGUCCAGCAGCAGCUAAAGUAGACGAGGAGAAGAAGAAAGGACUCACACUGUUUGGCCCCAAACCGCCCACACCCAAACUGCUGCGUGCCAUAGGUGGAAACUUUAACAAAUUAUUGUCAAAAUGAAGGUAACAGCACGUACACUUCCGUCUAUAUGGGGUCAUAUAAAAGCCAUUGCUGUUAAGCUGACUGCGAAACAUUCCAUAUUUUGUAUUUCUUUCUCCCAGACUGCUACUGGAGGCCAGUGAGGAUCGUAGUGAGCUUUUCUUUUUAUAACUCCUUUUUGGGAGUGAAUGUACAGUUUUAUUUUCAACCUCUUACUUCUCUUUUGUACUGAGUGUGUAUUCCCAUGUUCAUUUGAACAUGUUUAAAAGGAUGUUUCUGUUAAUACCAUUUGGUUUGAGAUGCUCGGGGCACUAGACAAGCUGGGGUUGUCUUUGUUAAGACAUCCCAGCAAAUUAGAUGUAACCACGUGAAAACACAUUAAAGUGAAUUUAUAACACCAUUUACAUUGUCUUAUAUGGCAGACGCUAGCUGACUUUGGACAACAAGCACAUUUAAACACAGAUAUUAUUGAGAUGUGUUGAAUCUGUCUAUAAAUGUCAGUUACUUGUGGAUACUGCUUGUUGUACUGUAUCACUCACUGCCGUUUUUUUUGUUUUGUCUGCUUAUAUUGGCUGUAUUUUCCAGUAGUUGUAAAAGCCUAACAGAGAUUAUCUGUCGUAACAAUUGGUAACAGUAAUUCUCACAAUAUAAUAUUUGAUUGACUUGAUCUGUGUCAGUAUCUGCUUGAAUAAAUAAUUGAAUGAUUGAA